AUGUGCUCGGCAUUAAAAAAUAAACUUCCAACCUUAUGUCAAACACUUUUUGAAGCUAAAGCUGCGAAACGUUUAACAUUUGCAGAUAUUGGCAAAAAGAUCGAUAAAGAUGAAGUUUGGGUUGCAGCCGUUUUUUAUGGACAGGCUAAACCAGAAGAAUCAGAUCUGAAGAAAUUAAGUGUUGUGUUAGACGUUAAAGAAAAUUAUUUGGUGUAUGGAUAUCCACUCAAAGCGAUUAUUAACGAGAAAUUUGGUGAUGGGAUUAUGUCUGCUAUUGACUUCACUGCCAAGGUUGAAAAGAUUGAAAAAGAUGAUCACGAAAGAGUUAAGAUUACGUUUGAUGGAAAAUUUUUGCCAUUCAAAAAAUGGUAA